UAUUUAUAUCCCUCCCGAAGAUUCCGUUCUUCUUGCACCUGAGCUACAGAACACAAGCUCUUCCUCUACUUAAAAGGCAACUCUCUGUUUCUCUUCUUCUUCUUCUGAAAAUCUUAACAGCCAUGGCAUCAAAACUCGCCUCCUCCCCAAACUCUCUCCUUCUCCAAAAUCCUAUUCGCCAAAACCUGCCCCUCAAACCCGAUUCCUCCGCCGCCAACUUUGCUAAUUUCGCCACCCAAAACAAGCCCAUUUCUAUCAGAUGUUCAGCCACAUCAACAGCUCCAGUCUCCUCAAUCCCUGCAACCCAAGAUCCCGAAGGCCGUGUCUUCAAUUUCGCCGCCGGUCCUGCCAUCUUACCUGCCAACGUCCUCAAGAAAGCCCAGGCGGAGCUCUACAACUGGCGCGGAUCUGGCAUGAGUGUUAUGGAGAUGAGCCAUAGAGGGAAAGAAUUUCUCUCUAUUAUUCAGAAGGCCGAGGCUGAUCUCCGUGCUCUGUUGAACAUCCCAGAAGAUUUCGCCGUACUAUUUCUCCAGGGCGGCGCAACCACGCAGUUCGCCAUGAUCCCGUUGAAUCUGUGCAAGCCCGAUGACCAGGUUGACUACGUGGUCACUGGGUCGUGGGGGGAUAAGGCUUUCAAGGAGGCACAAAAGUUUUGCAAGCCCAAGGUGAUUUGGUCCGGAAAAUCUGAAAAUUAUACAAAAAUUCCAUCUUUUGAUGGUUUAGAGCAAAGCCCAUAUGCUAAAUAUUUGCAUAUUUGCGCUAACGAGACCAUUCAUGGAGUGGAAUUCAAGGAUUACCCAACUCCCAAAAAUGGGAUUUUGGUGGCUGACAUGUCUUCAAAUUUCUGUUCAAAGCCAGUAGACGUUUCCAAGUUUGGUUUGAUCUACGCUGGUGCCCAGAAGAAUGUAGGGCCAUCAGGGGUUACAAUCGUGAUAAUCAAGAAAGAUCUGAUUGGAAAUGCUCAAGAGAUCACUCCUGUGAUGCUGGACUACAAGAUCCAUGCAGAUAACAAUUCACUCUAUAACACCCCUCCUUGUUAUGGCAUUUACACGUGUGGUUUGGUCUUUGAGGAUCUUCUGGCACAGGGAGGAUUAUCAGAGGUUGAAAAGAAGAACACGAAGAAAGCAGAACUGCUUUACCAUGCCAUUGACGAGAGCAAUGGGUUCUAUAGUUGCCCAGUUGAAAAAUCUGUGAGGUCAUUGAUGAAUGUGCCAUUUACACUGGAGAAGUCUGACUUGGAAGCUGAGUUCAUCAAAGAAGCUGCUAAGGAGCAGAUGGUUCAGCUCAAAGGGCAUAGAUCAGUGGGAGGAAUGCGUGCUAGCAUUUACAAUGCAAUGCCGCUGGCUGGAGUUGAAAAGUUGGUUGCUUUCAUGAAAGAUUUUCAGGCAAGGCAUACUUGAAUAAGUGAUUGAUUUGAGAAUCCAAUUCUCAUUCUGAGUUUUGGUGGCUUGGGUGCAAAGGCCUCUUGAUCUUAUGAAUGAUAAUAUUGUUAGUGAUACAUUAAAGUUUUGGAUUUCUGUUGUUUCUUCUUGGUUUGAUUUAAUGCAGUAUUAAAAUUGGUAUCUUUA